CCCUACCUUCCUCCCUUCCUCCCCCUUUCAUUUCUCUCCCUGUAAAAACUAUGGCGUUUCGUUCAGUCCCCCCUUCUAGUCUCUUCACUUCAACAGCUACAGUUAUUCAUAAAAUUUCAAAUUCAUCUUUCACUAACUCUUCCGCCGCGCUUUGUUGUUCCCUGUCUACGGCAGAGACUGUUUCCGCGAAGCAUGGUAGGAGAUUCCGCUCCGCCGUCUUCUGCGCAGUAACGGCCAGAGGGAGAGUUAUGGCUGAAACACUGAAGGAGAAGAAGCUAUCUAGUACUGCGGCAGCUGCGGCUUCCCCUGCCGUUUCUCCUUUCGGAAGCCAUAAGCGUCUGUACAACUUCUUAGAUGCUCUUACCGAAGAAGACCUACUUUCUAGUAUUCAGAGAGAGGUCGAUGACGGAAGGCUUCCACAGAAUGUUGCUCGGGGAAUGGAGGAACUUUAUGAAAAUUAUCGAGAUGCAGUUCUCCAAAGUGGACAUCCCAAUGCAGAAGAGAUUGUCCUGUCUAACAUGGCUAUGGUGUUUGACCGCAUUUUCCAAGAUGUGAAGGAUCCAUUUGAAUUCUCACCUCAUCACAGAGCCAUUCGAGAACCAUUUGACUACUACAUGUUUGUUCAAAAUUAUAUUCGCCCAUUGAUUGAUUUCAGGAGAUCAUAUGUUGGAAAUAUAUCUGUUUUCAACGAAAUGGAAGAGAAACUUCAACAGGGUGAGAAUGUCAUCUUGAUUUCUAAUCAUCAAACGGAAGCUGAUCCAGCUGUUAUUGCUUUGUUGCUGGAGUCCACACAUCCUCAUCUUGCUGAGAAUAUGAUAUAUGUUGCAGGAGAUAGGGUCCUCGUUGACCCCCUUUGCAAACCAUUCAGUAUGGGGAGGAAUCUACUCUGUGUGUAUUCGAAGAAGCAUAUGUAUGAUUUUCCUGAACAUGUUGAGAUGAAAAUGAGAGCUAACACAAGAGGUUUAAAAGAGAUGGCAGUGCUUUUAAGGGGCGGAUCAAAGAUAAUAUGGAUUGCACCAAGUGGUGGAAGAGACAGGCCAGACCGAGUCUCUCAAGAAUGGUGCCCUGCAACAUUUGAUCCUUUGUCAGUGGACAAUAUGAGAAGGCUUGUAGAACAUGCUGUUGUUCCUGGGCACAUAUAUCCGUUAGCAAUACUAUGUUACAACAUUAUGCCUCCACCUCUGCAGGUUGAGAAAGAUGUUGGGGAGAAACGAGUUAUAUCUUUUCAUGGAGUUGGAAUAUCUGUGGCCCCCAAAGUUGAUUUCCAUGUACUUGCUACUGCUACUAAAGACCCAGAGGAGGCGAAGAUGGCAUACUCCGAUGCCCUUUAUGAUUCAGUGAACCAGCAAUACAAUGUCUUGAAAUCGGCCAUUCAUGGAAAACAAGGGCUGGAAGCAUCUACGUCUACUGUGUCGUUAUCGCAACCUUGGCUAUAGUAGUAUAGCAACCCCAAAGCUUUUUCUUUUACCCUGUCAUGGACCCAUGGUAAUGUUACAGUAGUCUGUGCAUCAUUUCUUUUGACAAGACUGUACAGUUGGUUCAACUUAAUCCUAUAGAUAUAUAGAAGAAAGGUGUCAACGUCUCUAGGGAGUGCUUUCACCACUUCCAGUCUUCCAGGCACUUUGUUCUCAGCUCAUUUCUUUUUCCUUUAGAUGUGCUGCGCCCUUGUACAACUGCUUAGCAAAAUAGAAAGUGGAAGUUAUGUCAGAUGCUCUGUUCAAAUUUUGUGUUGUAGCUGUAAAAAGUAUGUUGGUGGCAAUUACAUUUCAUCGGGUUGUUCUUCCUUUAAAGGCGUGCGUGUAGAAAUUUUAGUUUUGUUCUUCCUUUCAUCGGGUUGUUCUUCCUUUGUAGUUGUAAAAAGGUUACAUACACCCUGAUGGCAAUUAAGUGCAUCAUAUAGUUGCUAUGUUUAAUCUCUUGUUGCUAUGUU